AAAAAAAAUAAGUGCAUUGAACGUACGCAUGAAGCGCACAUAAGCCGGUGACCAGAACGCGGAGAGCAAAUGCUCCGUUUUCCACUUUUCAGCCAUGGAAGCAAGCAGCGAAGAAACCAUGUUUGAGACUAGUCACGUGCUGGGAGCGGAGCUCGCUUGCUCGCCGCUGCUUGCUCUGGCAUGGCGACAGUGUGGCCUCGCUGCAGCCGCGGCCGCCACCGCCAGCUUCGCUGCCGAAGAGGUGGACGACGUUCUCUACGUGGCCUUCUCUGGUGCCGGAAGCAUCCAACCAAUGAUUGACAGCGAUUGCUUUUUCUCUACCAUGCCUCUCGCCUCCGCUUGCGGCCGCGAGCUCUUCUCGCCUUUGGUGAGUGAGGACGGCGAUGGGGAGACGGUGCUUGUUCAGGCUUGUGCGCUUCAACUCUUCUUCUCCAUCUUCGACACUCCGCAGUUCUGGAAGCUCAUGGAGACGAUGAAGACGGGUAACAAGAAAGUAAUAUUUACAGGCCACUCGGUUGGAGGAUCCUUAGCUUCACUUGUCAGCCUAUACUUCCUCUGCUCUUUAUUGAGCUCCUCUUCAUCACAACCCUCCCUACUUUGCAUCACAUUUGGGAGUCCACUCCUUGGCAACGAAGCCUUGUCACAGUUCAUUAUUCGUGCGAGAUGGACUGGUAUAUUCUGCCAUGUCGUAUCUCAACAUGAUAUUGUGCCGAGGCUCCUCUUCUGCGCACAAAAUUCCAUUCCUAUCCAGCUAAUCAUCUGCCUCCUGCAGUCAUGCCAAUUCUAUUUGGCAUGCCCUCUACUUGCAAAACCUUCAUUGCAGUCUUCUCGUGCUCACAAAGCUGAGCUUCAUCAGUUCAUUACAAAUCAAAUUACUCCAUUGUGCGGCGAGCAGAAGCUCACCUCUCAUCAACAAAACAGCAAGUUCAGGCCAUUCGGCUGCUAUGCUUUGUGUUCAAAUGAAGGCAUGGUCUGCAUUGAUAACCCGAUUGCUGUAAUCCGAAUGCUUUGCCUGACAUUUACGACAGGCUCUGCAAAAUUGAGUAUUGAAGAGGAACAUUUAUGCUAUGGUGGUUUCGUGAAAAAGGCCUCACAGCAGUUACUGCAAAAGAAAAAAAAUGAUUUAGUUGGUGAUGUUUCAAGAUCUAAUUGUGCUGCUGGGAUCUCACUAGCACUCAAGGCCUCAGGUAUUGGAGUUGAGGACAAAAGAGUCAUGGAUGCCAGAGAAUGCUUGGAGAUGUCAAUGAAAACUAGUCGAAGCCCCAGCCUAAACUGCGCUAAUCUCUCCAUCAGACUGGCUAAAAUUACACCCUGUCGUGCUCAAAUUGAAUGGUACAAGGCUUGCUGCGACAGCAACAUGGGCUACUAUGAUUCUUUCAAGCAAAGGAAGGCAUCCAAGAGGGACUCCAAGGUGAAUAUGAAUCGAAUCAAGCUCGCAUGCUUCUGGGAUGAUCUAGUUGACAUUGUUCACAGCAACCAGCUUCCUCAUGAUGUUCGCAAGCGAGCCAAAUGGGUAAAUGCUUCUCAUUUCUACCAGCUUCUUGUGGAGCCAUUGGAUAUUGCUGAAUACUAUCGAAUCCAAAUGCACAAAACCAAGGGGCAUUAUCUUGCACAUGGGAGGGAGAGAAGGUAUGAAGUUUUUGAUAAAUGGUGGAGAGAAAGACACAAGGAGCUAUUUGAGAAGGAUGACAGGAGGCGGAGCAAGUUUGCCGGGCUUACUCAGGAUCCUUGCUUCUGGGCGAGGGUGGAAGAGGCAAGGGAGUGGCUGGAAGAGGCUACUAGUAAUUGCCAUGGAAAUAUGUUCAAAUUGAAGCUAAUCUGUGAAAAGCUGAAUGCUUUUGAUUUCUAUGCAAGCUCCUUGGUGGAAAAGAAGGAGGUCUCUGUUGAUGUUUUGGCUUCUAAUUCCAGUUACAAUGUUUGGCUGGAGGAAUGGAAGGUUUUGAAGGUGAGACUGGGAUUGCAAUUUCGAUUUUAGCUUAGUUAUAGGAUGCUAAUCUUCAUAUAUUCUUCUACCAUGUAUAUAUUAUUAAUAUAUUAGCAUUAAGAAAAUAUGUUAGCUUCUAAUCUUGCAAUCAUAGAGCACUGGUUAUCCUUGUAAUUUACUUGGUUUGGUAUGUGAACUCAAGUAAUCUUUCUCAACCUAUAAAAGAUUCUGUCAUAAUUGCCAUAAUUUUAAUGGAUUCCAAUCAAUUUAUGAAGAUGA